CGAAAAACGCCGAGAUGGCCGUUCUCAUGCUUCUCUCUGACCAUGGUUCAGUUCACGUUCACGAUCGAGUGAAUUUUUAUCGUAAUCUCGCGAACGACAUUUAACUACCCGGUACAUGGAAAAUACGCGAUCGAUGCAUACGACUUCAAUGCAACUUGAGCAUUUGAGAUAAUUGACCGUGCAAAGUGCGCGUUUGCGAUGUGUGACUGUCAAGGCGAUUUACGCAGAAGCCUAACCUAUCCGCUCCGAUGAUUUAUGAGCUUCGGUGUUUGGCAGAACUUUAUGGCGCGUGCUGAGCCCACGAAAAUGUUGGGAUCAUGAGAAUUGCCACAUUGCUUCCAGUAGUGUACAUUUUGUCUCUAUGGCUAAGGGAAAAAUAAGAGGUUCUGACUCCAAUAAGAUAACAGCGUCAAAUGCAGCAUUUAAAAAUGGAGAAACGUAUACGUCGGAAUUUGAGAUUAACGAGACACCACCCAGCGCUAGAACCUUACUUACCAAGGGCUACACGCAGGAUGAAAUUAAUUCGUAUUCAGGAGCAACUGUAUCGACACGUGGGCGUUUUAUGACGGAACAAGAAAAGCUACGUUGCCCAAAUGAAAGGCCAUUGUAUCUUUACAUACAGGGACACGCAAAACAUAAUGUUGAUCUGGCGAUACAAAAAAUCAAUGAAAUUAUCAAAACGGAGCAUCAGAGUUCACUGAAUAGACCAAGCAGGUUUACAAAUGCUCCGCCACCUCUUAUGAGCUUACAUUCUGGAGUUACCACUGUGGAGAAGAUUUGCAUUGGUAUCGAGAAUGCGCCACAAGGUUUUGAUUUACGCGGACGUAUACUGGGCAUGGGUGAUGCAAAUUUAAUUUAUAUUAGAGGCGAAACUGGAGCAAAUGUAACCUUAAGAGGUAGAGGAUCUCAGUUUAUUGAUCCAGUUUUGGGAGCAGAAUCUCCGGAACCACUCCACUUGUACAUAGAGCAUCCAAAGCCAGAAGCGCUGCAAAAUGCAAAACAAUUGGCUAUUAACUUAAUUCAAACGAUACAGUCCGAAUUACAAACUUAUAUUCAGCAACAACCACCACCGAUUCAACCUCAGCAAGUUAUAGAACAAUCACAGAUACCACAAACCCAAUUCCAAACUAUGAAUAUUGGUAGCUUAGGACAGCCAAACGUAGUUGCGAUACAGCAUCAAGAUAUCAUACAACAUUCACAAAGUAAUGUUGUAACAUUGCCUGCAACAAUUCUUACGGCUACCGUAGCUGGUACUCCAGGACAUGGUGUAUCAGUGCCUCCUCCAGGAGUACAUAUACCACCUCACUCUGGACCAUUAGUUCCACCUCCACAAGCUCAAGAAAUACAAACUUUUAUGCCGCCACCACCUGUUGGGCAAGUACAACUAAUCGGUCCUCCGUCAACAGUAAGCCAAGUUCAGUAUCAGAUACAUCCCGGUCAGCCAUUGCAAAUCCAAGGAAUUCAACCAGGAUCACAAUCCUCGCCGCAGCCUGUGGCGCAAAUGUAUGUCAUGAGUCAACCGCCGCCGCAGAGCCCCACGCAGCAGAGUUUCAUAACGAGCAACAACGCGCCGGUGAACGGGGCGGUGUCGUAUGUAUAUACGCAGCCGAACAUGCAAAGGCCCGCCACGCCGUCCCAAGGAAUUAUCGAGACCGUCAACGUCAAUUUGCAACAACCUCCUCCCAUGGCGCCGUUGAACAUAACGCAACAACCGCCACCGCCGUUGUUGCAUCUUCAUUUCCCGCCGCCGAACUUUCCGCCGAAUCAACCGCCUCCUCCCGUCCCGCAAACCUAUCAGAUACAGUAUCAGCAGGUGCAGGCACCCGUGUCGCAGUCGCAAAUGCAGUUCGUCCUGCAGCCUGGCGAGCACAUCGUUCCGCCGCAGAUGCAACAGAAUCACGAGCAAUCUCAGGGUGUCGCGCAGCACAUAAUACCUCCGCAAUUCGAGGGUCACGCAUCGCCGUUCCACUUACAAGUACCUCCACCGCCGUCCGCGCAGACUUUUCUGGUACCUAACGCUCAGUCUCCCCAUCAUCCACAACCGCCGCUUCCUCCCGGCGAGAUUCAGCAUCAGGAGGGCCCGAUGGAACAGGGACCGUUGCCGCAGCCGGUGCCACCUCCGCAAAUAGUACCGCCGCCGUCGAUCGGCCAGAUGCAGAAUUCCAUGAAUAUUCUUACCAGCGUGCCGCCGCCAACGCAGCCGCCACCGCCGCAGAACGCUCCGUGGCUGUACCAAGCUCAGCAGCCGCAGCAAAUGCCACAACCGCAAGGGCAGUUGCAGAUGCAAAUGCCGCCGCAGAAUAUACCUCUUCAUAACGUACCUCCGCCGCAAGUUCAAGCUCAAAUACAGUAUCAUCCUCAACACAUGCAAUAUCAAAACGGUCACAUACAUUACGCGAUGCAACCGCCUCAUCAGCAAUUCGAGCAGAAGCCCGAUUCGCCAGAACAGCAAAAAUCACACGGAGUAAAGAGAAGGUUUUCGGACGUUGAGGGAGGUCAGGAACCACCACCACCACCACCGCCGCCGUAUCAGUGUACUCCGUUACCUGCGCAACGGCACGGCACAGGCAGAGAAGGUGAUCGACAUCAGCAAGUCUUACAUGGUCCACCUACACCUGCGGGUCUGCCACAUGGAGAUCGAGACAAGAUGCUUAUGCCACCUCCACAUCCAGGUGAGAAACGGAAUCUGGACCAGAAGCCUGCAGGACUGUCUUCAGGAAAUGAUCCAAACAUAAUGGCGGAAUCUGGAAAUAUUCAUGUCGGCAACGGUCCACCUCUACCACCUCUACCUUCGCCGCAGGCGCCGUGGCAAAGUCAUCACAUGAGGGUUCCUUGGGGUAGACCACCGCCGAUUCCGAGGGAAGGGGAACCUGCCGCAGUCUGUCCCGGAUUACCUCCUAUUAAUAUGCCUCCACCUCAAAUCAGGCCACGAGGUCCCGCUGACGGUAACCGCUCUCCCACCCCGAACGCCGCGUUAGAGCAGUCAUUGAACGUCGAAUACAAUCAAAUGCCGCCCUACACGACGAAACCGCCGCCUUACAACGCGCAUCCAUUAAUGCAAUCGAUCUGCAAUCCGCCGCCGCCACCGCCGCCGCAUCAUCAACAACCGCGGCCGCAGCAUCCUCCACAAACGAUGCAGCAUUACCAGGUGCCAAUCUCUCAGACAUAUCAGCCGUCCUGCCCACCGUGGAUGAAUUAAAAAGUCAUAAAACUACAGCAGGCAGCACUUCACGCUCUGUCUCUUAUAUCUUGAUACUGACCAAUGCAAUUUAAAUGAAAGUGACAUUGUUUUAAAACGGCUGACGUAAUAACGAAGUGACGAGAACCAAACUGCAAAGAAUCUGAUGUAAAUACGAAUAACUGGAACUGCAUCGUGUUAUUCGCACUCAAUUGUGUGUUCCUAAUGACAGUUCUUAAUUUAACAAUCUAUUUUAAGGAGGGAGAAUACUGAGCAGUAUGUAAAAAUUUGUAAAAAUGUUGAAGAUUAUUUAUACGGUAUAAUUUAAUUUCUAUACUAGGUGAGAGUGAAUGAGUGAGUGAAUCGAAGUGAGAGAUCGAGAAAAACACAGUGAGAUUAUAUAAUGAAAAUAAUGCUGGCAAGAUAGUUACUUAUUAAUUAAUUGUAUUAAUUGUAAAACUCAUCUCUCGAGAAUCACGCAAUAUGUAUAAUAUACAUAUGCAUAUGUAUAUAUGUGUGUAUGUAUGUUAUUGAAAACAGAUAACUGUUAUUUUGAUCAAACUAUUCUAUCAUCGUACGUCCGAAGGUCACUUGUUUUAUAUACUCGCACGCGAGUAAUAAUCUACUUUAUAUGUUUCCUCUCGGCGAAACUAUCAUCUCUCUCAUUUACUUAUAGAUAGACAUGUAACACGUAUAACAAUAUAUGCAGUUUUUAUGGCAAAGCCAAUAAAAUAAAUCGUUAUUGCCAA